UACACACUGUGUAAACAUACACACUGUGUAAACAUUGUGCAACUAUUCGUUGAAUGCUAGUUCCGGAAAACGUUAGGAAUCAAAUUUAAUUUCAUCAGUACAGUAGAUUUAUAUGUACUACAAUUUGCUCAGAACCUUGCCCAACCGCAGAGUCUUCCCUCUUCUUCGUAUUUCUUAAUAUGUUGCACGAUGUGCUAUUGUUUUAUUUGUAAGACUUCGGGUUACUGAGAAGUAAAUAUGAGUACUUUUUCUUUUCUCUAUCUUGGCAGUUAUGUUUAGGAUGCCGUUGCCCAUGAAUGUCAUUGGCGCAAGGAUAAUGUGGAGUGGCAGUUUCAUAGAAGCCCACUGUCAGAGGGUCUUGAAACAUUGCAGGCUUUAUUUGCACACAGAUUUUCAUAGCAAACGAUUCUACACUCCACGAAGAGCUAUUCUGUAUGUACCAGGAGAUGAUGAACGGAAAAUUAGAAAAGCACUUUCCCUAAAAGUGGACUGCAUAGCAUUGGAUUGUGAGGAUGGAGUUGCAUCUAAUAGAAAGAAUGUCGCUAGGUCCACAAUAAGGCACUUCUUGGAUAAAGAAUGUGUAUCACAACAGUUUCCAGAGUGGACAGUAAGAGUAAAUUCAGUAGACAGUGGGAUGUGUGAAGAAGAUUUAAGAGUAAUUUUGACAGGACCGCAAAAGCCACCAACAUUACUGCUUCCAAAAGUGGAUUGCAUUAAACAGCUGCAAUGGUUUGCAGACAAACUAAGCGUAAUCAUAGGAGAUGAGAGGAAUAAAAUAAAGAUGAACUUAAUCUUAUUUAUUGAAUCAGCCAAAGGAAUAAUGGACUUACCCAAAAUAUGUCAAAAAUCUAUUGAACUGGCUGAAAAGUCAUGUUUUUUACCUGUUGCAUUGGUCAUUGGAAGUGAUGACUUGUGCGCUGAUCUUGGCAUUUCACGAUCAGAUGAUGGUUACGAAAUACUGUAUGCUCGCCAGAGGCUUGUGUUAAUAGCAAAAGCUUUCAGCUUUCAAGCAGUUGAUAUGGUUGACAUUAAUUAUAAAGAUCUGCCUGCUUUGAAGAAACAUUCUAUAGCAGGAGCAAGAAUGGGUUUCACAGGAAAGCAGGUUAUACAUCCCAAUCAAGUGCGUAUAGUGCAAGAUGCCUUUUCACCUACACCAGAAAAAGUACAGUGGGCAACUGAUCUUAUUGCAGCCUUCAAUGAACAUCAGCUCAAAGGGAAAGGAGCUUUUGUCUACAAGGACUCCAUGAUUGACAUGCCUCUUCUUCGCCAAGCCCAACAUAUUAUACAGCUAGCAAAAAUGGACAAACAUAAUAUGCAACAAUGAACAAGAUACAGUGCCAGUCACAUAUCAUUAACAGCAAAGAAAGAGCAGUGGAAGCAUUAGAAGAUUUUCAACUAACACAUGGUCUCUCUUUCAGAAAGAGUAAAAAAUAAGGAUAUGUUUGGAAUUUACUUCAACUAUGAUUUCUCUCAACAAACUACUAUGCUUCGAAAGAUGAUAUAUCAACGAAAAUGUUUAACAGAAUUGAAGACAUAAGAUUAUGAAAACUGGGCUCUAGUAUUCCUAGACUGAAUCUCAUAAUGUACAAAGAGUAUUAACCAUGUAGUAGACAACCAUUAUCAAGCGAAAGAUGUGUUGAGGUUUCUUUUUGCAAGAUCAGUUAGAUUUGCUUACUAUCCAUCACUCAGUCUUAGUGUGGCAUACAAAGGAGUGGUAUAAUGUAAUAGGAUAGAUAUAAAAUCUACUCACAGUGUGGCAGCAGGAGAACACACAUAUACAACGUAUAAAUGUUUGCACACUUUCGUAGUUAGGGGAUCCAUCUGGCAGAAGAGUUGUAGGAAAAGGAAGAGUGGUGAAGAAAAAGGACUGGUGAGGUUUAGAAAAGGGGUAAUUUGGAAAAGUUGCUCAGAAUCCAGGGUAGAUUUACUAGAUGGGAUGACAAGGAAGAGUAGAUUUUUCUCUCUCCAGUUACAUUAUAUUUUCAAAAAUUGAUUAUUUUAUAUGCAAAAGAGUGAUGUAUUCUGCAAUCAAAAUUUUUGAUCCCUUACAUAGCAGUGAAACGAGUUUAACACACAUUAAAAUUUGCUUCAAACACAUAAAUCAAUGUCUAUACAAAUAAAACAGUAUGGCAAUCAUGUAAAUGGAGGCAAAUUUCCAAAUUUUUCAGUAAAUUGUAAAACUGACUCAUUCCACAUCAUAGUGAGAUCUAUGGAGCUUGCAAAACUGACUAUUGCACAAAAUACAGUGUAUUUCAAAAAGAUUACGCCCAUCUCACAAGUCAAUAUAUUCACAUGAAUAAAGAUAGAAAUUUGGGUCAGAAUUUUAGUUUGGCAACAGCCAUGUUCACAUGGUCACAAUACCACCAGCCAGCUCGCUCGCUACAGGAAAUGCAUACCUGGAUAUUUUUGAGAUCAGGCGUUUUGCACAGUUGUGAGAACAUGCUAAAAAUUUGGUUUUUCAACAAAAUCAAUGCACUGGUAUACGAUGUAAGAGCACUUUUUAAUGAUGAGCUGCCUGUGUGAUGGAUGGGCCGUAAUGGGCAUAUGAAUUUUGCAUUUCACUUUUGGCCUCCAAGGUCACUUUAUCACACAGUAUGUGAUUUCUUUUUUCUUGUAGUGGAUUGUGAAUAUCUGCACCUACGUGAGUCCUCUUCCAACAAUUUGGAUGGAUUCAGAUGCUGCGUAGCAACGGCAAUUAAUGCACAACUCCAGACAUGCUCAUAAAAAUAUGGAUUAUAUUUUGACUCAUCUGGAUCUUUGUUGUGCACACAAUUGAGCAUUUGUGAAAGGUAAAUGAAAAUUUUGAUCCCAGACAUAAUUGUAAAAAGAACCACACGAUUUUAUAAGCGUAUGCAAUUGUAAAAUUGAAUGGUUGUUUUUGAAACUAAAAACUUUGUAGCUCUACACAUAAUUUAAAAUCCAUCCUCAGAUUUGGUGUUGUGUAGAAUUUAUUGUGAUGUGAAAUUGGAUGAAUCUUUUUGAAACAUAAUGCACUUUUUUGUAAAAUAAAAUAUGUGUUGUACCUGCAGAACCUUUGUUUAGUAACGGUAACAGUUACUCCCACACCACACCCUACUCAGCUGUGCAGGAGUGAGAGCUGACUUGCUGAAGGUAUUUCACUGUCAGUGGUCAUAGACUGCAAACAUGCUGUAUUACAGAACAACAUGAUAUUCAUAAUUCACAAUUGUUGAAUUUAGGAAGGCUAGGAAAAUGAAGGAAGGCACUAGAUUGAAAAUGGGAAUAUUGUUUCUUAUUACUGGCAGGUUAUACUGAAGUUGAUAUAAUUCAGAUAAAGAACAAAAAAUUAAUAAUGACAGUAUACAUACUGAAAAAGGUACAGAUUCUUCCUGCUCAAGGAGAUGCUAUCGGAAAAAAUGAAAUGAUGAAUGCUGAUCCUUUACCAGCUGAUGUCCAACUACAUUGAAUUCCAAAUUAGAUAAUCUCUCAAAGUGACUGUUUAAUCAUACAGUAUACGGGAAUCCCUGCUGUAGAUGUCUCACAUGCUAGAAACAUCCUACUUCUCAAAAGAGAGGUGCCACUUAAAUGUAUAUCAAUCAGGAACACAGUGAACUGUGUAGGAAUCUUCCAAGGAUUGCAAU